UUCUGGAUUUCUGCCAUUCUGUCGGUAAACAGUGUGCCUAUGAUACGACAAAGGCGAUUGGCUCUUGGAGAUUGCAACAUCCAAUAAAAUUUCACAGCGCUGAGGACUAGAAUUGUCUCUUAUUGAAAAGAGUUCCCAAAACAAUGACAGGACGUGUGUUAUCAAGGAUUUUUUCAAAAGACCUAAGCCAUACCACCUGCAGCUGUGGAAAAAGUCAAGUGUGGAAUGGACAAAUAGUUCUUUUUCCAGGCAAAAUCAAGUGCUUCAGGAAUAUUCCUAACAGAUCAAUUAGCAAAGUUCAUGAACCUCCACAUAAAUUCAGAAAUGCUCCAAGAACAAAACCAUUGGUUUAUCCAAAUAGUCUGGCAUUGAAUAUCUUCCUAUCUUUGAUGCCAUGUUGUGCAAUAGGCAUUGCUUUCUUACAAUAUCAAAGGAAACAGAAACUCCUUGAACUUACAAACAGAGUUAAGGAACAGACUGGAAAGCCUCCAACUCCUGUAUCCAGACUAGUUAAUGAAUCAGAUCAAAGGAAAUAUGAAUUUUCAUUUGUGGAAUUAGAGGGAGAAUUUGAUCAUGAACGUGAAGUACUUGUGGGAUACCGAGCUAGUUUAUUGCCAGAAUUAGCACCGAAGGGGACUCGAUGGCAGAAGGGGGCUCACAUAAUCACACCGUUUAAACUUAAGGCCACUGGCUUUUCAUCGAAGACCUCUUAUGAAGGCCCAGUCCUUUAUCAAAGGGAUGUUAUUCUUGUAAACCGCGGUUGGGUGCCAAUGGAGUGGCUUGACCCCAAGAAGAGAACUGCUGGACAAAUUACUGGUACCGUCAAAAUUACUGGUCUGCUUAGGGCGACAGAAAUGAAAAAUCCAUUUGACUUCCGACCAACUCAGGACUCAUUAAAUGAGAAAUUUUUCAGCUAUUUUGAUGUAGAAACCAUUGCUGGCUAUUUAGGAACGAAGCAUGUGUGUGUAGAUGUUGAUCUGGAGAGCUCCAUCUGGGGCGGACCUAUAGGUGGGCAAACAAAGAUAAUGCAUCGAAAUACGAAACGAGACGAGACCCUUGUUUUUUUCAUGUUGGUGGGAAUACUGGGCCUCUUCUGGUACACAAAGGUUUAUCCUCAAAGAGCUGCCAAACGAUAUGUGGAAAUGUAUUAUAAGAAUAAACCAUAUGCUAUCUAAAGAUCAAAGAAAUUUGAAAUGGC